AUGAAUGGUAUUGAUAUCCCAACACCUAUCUCGAGAACUCCAUAUUUUAAUUACGUCUCGUUUAUGAAGGUCCUUUCGUUUCCUGAUAUUGGUCAUAUGAUUGAAAGUUUAAUGGAUCAAUUUAAUACUAUUUCACAAAGCUUAGAUUAUAAUGAACACCUGGUAUCUCAGGAACUGUUAAAAGCCUUGAUGAAACAUUUCUCAUCUUUAAAAACUUUGGAUUUUUGUACUGAAUCUUCAAGGAUCACUCAAAAUAUACCUUUCAUACAUUUUCCCGGAGCGACCGAAUGUUUAGCGGAUGUGACAACUUUGAGUUGUGAUUCAGAUGUAAUGUUAUGUCCUCAAUUGUUUCGGAAGAUACAAUCACUAUCCAUAACAUUUGAUGAUAUGAUCUCAGAUGAGUUGGUUCAAUUAAUUCAUUCUCAGCAAACUUUAAAAGAUUUAGAAAUAAUUGCCCAAUUCGAUAUGGAUUGGUCAAUCAUUUUACCCACUUUCGAACCUGCUUUAAGAAAACAUUAUCAUACAAUAACAAAAACAAAAUUAUUAAUUAAUGGUUUUGAUAUGCCAUUCUCAUUGAUCUCUUCAUGCUUUAAUUUACAAGAAUUGGUAAUUUCAAUUUAUCCAAUAUUUUCUAUGGGAUUACAACCUCAUUCUGAUAAUUUCGAUGAAUUGCAGUUUGCUACUUUUCCAAACUUGAGAAUCUUCAAAAUUCCUUAUGAUAUUCCAAAAAUUGAAAUUUUAAUAAAAUUCUUGGAAAAGAACGGAAAGAACCUUAAUGAAUUAAGGACAAGUAUAGAUUAUGCUUAUGUUGACAAUUCAUUGAAUAGGUCCAUAGCUCAAUUCUGUCCGAAUCUUAAAAAACUUACCAUAAAUUUUGAAAAUGAUGGAUUAGUCACAUUGAAGUCCAUUUUUGAUAAUUGUGUAGGUUUAGAGAGCAUUAUAAUUUGGUGUAAAGAUAAUCGGUUAGAUGGUGUAGAAUUGUUUGAACUUGUUGCAAAACAUUCACCAAAGAAUUUUUGCCAAUUAAAGAUAGAUCUGGAUUUUUUAUUCCUUCCAAAUGAUUUGGAAUCAUUCUUUACAAGUUGGUGGGAUCGAAGACCACGAAAAUCAUUAACUUUGAUUUUUUUUAAAGAUAAAUUUGAAGGGUAUGAAGUAAGUGAAGAGAAUAUUAAAAUAAUUGAAAGAUUUAUAAAGUUGGGCACUAUUAAGAGAUUUGAAAUGACCGAUGGAUUUUUCUAUCAUGAUCAUUAA